AACCCGUAAAAACAAAGAAGUUCAGGAGUAAUAUGUAAAUACGUAUACAGAGGUUCUUGAAAGUGAAAAACCGAUUCUCCCCGCUUCGUCAACAUCGGCUCAUUUCGUAUAUAGCGAUCGGGCUGCCGGCGGCUACUCACUCCGUCGACGUUGAUCUUCGACGAAUCUUUUAAGGUUCAGCUUCAUCAAGGUGUUCAAUUCUCUAGGUUUGAGUUACAUAAAAGAGGAGGAUGAAUUUUGCAGCUUCUUUGUGCAGAAGAUUAACUGUUAGCAACCUGGUUACAAAAAUUCCUGUCUACAGUUCUGCAAGAGAUGUAACUGGAGAUGGAUUGAGCAUGAUAUUCAGACGUUGGGCCACCAAAAAAACAGCAGGGUCAACAAAAAACGGACGCGACUCAAAACCCAAGAUGCUUGGUGUCAAGAAGUUUGGUGGCGAGAGAGUGGUACCUGGGAAUAUCAUUGUGAGACAAAGAGGCACUCGUUUCCACCCAGGAGAUUAUGUUGGAAUGGGAAAAGAUCAUACACUUUAUGCUUUGAAAGAAGGAUGUGUGAAAUUUGAACGCCAUAAGCUUAGUGGACGCAAGUGGAUCCAUGUUGAGCCCAAAGAAGGCCAUGUACUUCACCCAAUUUACUUAAAAGAUGCACCAGAGUCAAACACCACAUCUUAGUUCUUAGGCGAACUCAAACACGACCAGAAAUUGAUUCAUACAUAAUUGCAGAUCUUCGUAAGCUUCUUUAGACCAAGUUAGGGCCUGUUUGAUACCCAUCUGACUCGAUUUGGGUCAGAUCUUUCAGCUUACUCGGUCAGAAAUUUGUGUUUGAUACGAGCUGUCUCGAUCAGAUUGUCUGGCCCAAAUGUAUGUCUCGGUCAGAUGUGAAGAAGUUGUUGAAUCGCCCAAAAGACACUCCUGCCCUCAAUAAUUCUUCUUGUGACCUAAAAGAGACAGCGUCCAGACGCCUCCUCCAUCGCCUCCAUCGAACAGCUCCCUCCCAAUCGCUGCAUCUCCCUUCGGAUCUCCUCCUCCUUCCUUCAGUUGAAUCUUCAUCUUCUCCGGCAGGUCAAGUAUGGUUUCUGAUGGUGAAGUUGUAGCUUUUCUUUUAUUUGUGUUUUAUUGGUUGAGGUCAAACCGGCACAGACUAAUCAGAAUUCAUAGAAUUGGAGAUAACAAUUCAAGCGGGUAUGCGUAUACACAAGAUUUGAUGUACGGAGACCCUACACAAUGUUUCGAUAUGAUGCGUCUUACACAAGAGGCAUUUGCAUUAUUAUGCAACCAUUUUACCCAAAAAAAAUUGGUUGCAAGCUAGUAGGAC